GUUUAUAUGCGGCCCGGCAAGCCAUCGGAUCGCGUAUUACUGUCGAAGUCUUCGCUGGUUGAGGAUCAUCGUCACAGCAAUCGUGUUGUCUCCCGCAUCGUCUGUCAGUGUAUCUCAUUAAUUGUGUUUGUGUUUGAAUCUCCAUUCUCCACUAAUCAUCAUGGAUUUCUAUUACCUACCCGGAUCUGCCCCGUGCCGUGCCGUCCAGAUGACGGCGGCCGCCGUUGGCGUUGAGCUGAACCUGAAGCUCACCGACCUGAUGAAGGGCGAGCACAUGAAGCCGGAGUUCCUGAAGCUAAACCCGCAACACUGCAUUCCGACGCUGGUCGAUGAGGACGGGUUCGUGCUGUGGGAGUCGCGUGCAAUCCAGAUCUAUCUCGUCGAGAAGUACUGCGCCCACGAUCCAGCCCUCGCAGAACGGCUGUAUCCGGGUGAUCCGCGCCGCCGUGCUGUCGUUAACCAGCGACUGUUCUUUGAUGUGGCCAUACUGUAUCAACGUUUUGCCGAGUACUACUAUCCGCAGAUCUUUGGCAAGAAGGUCGCCGGCGAUCCGGAUCGGCUGCGUUCGAUGGAGCAGGCGCUCGAGUUUCUCAACACCUUUCUCGAGGGCGAGCGGUUCGUCGCGGGCGGAGAUGAUCCAACCAUUGCGGAUUUCAGCAUUUUGGCCUCGAUUGCAACGUUCGAAGCUGCCGGGUACGAUCUGCGGCGAUAUGAAAACAUCCACCGAUGGUACGAGCAGACCGGCAAUAUAGUACCGGCUGCUGAUAAGAACUUGGCGGGAGCAAAAAUUUUUGGGCUCUAUUUCAGACAAAAAUAAUUGGGCGGCUUGGGUCGCACGGCUUGUUAGCUGGCUUGCUGUGCUCUGUACAUCGCCUGUUUUCCUAUCUCUUGUCUCUUGAUUCAUUACACAUCAGCUUUCAUUUCUUAUCAUGCUGUUGCUUUCACUGGUCUUGUAGUUACUGGCGGACCAACACAAUGCAGCUUCCUAUCUCGAACUUCCGUUUGAUCUCGUGUGUGUCAAUAAUGCUCGAAUUUGGAUUCUCUUUGGCGUACAAUGAAGUUGAUUAAACAAUUGUUUUGUGUUAUGUCUCUCCGAUAGUACAAAUUGAGUGCAAUUCCGAAUAGAUGAUUAAAAUUAUUCCUUAUCAA